AAGAAACCCAAAAGGAGCGGGGAGACAGCACCGCAACCCUCCAGAAGCUUCCGAGUUCCGACCCUCCCCCUCCCGCACCGCCGCCGCCCCUUAUCUCUCCGGCCGCCGGCUCCUCGUCGUCGUCCCCGCCGCCCCGCCCCGCCCCGGCCACCGCCAAGCGAUCGGAUCUAGAGGCUGUCGAACCACGAUGGAGGACUGGGAUUCUGAAGAUUUUCAGCCAGUCGCACCUGUUGUGAAAGCCGAGCCGCUUAAAAGUCAGUGGGCUGAUGAAGAUGUUGAAGAAGAUGAUGUAAAAGAUUCAUGGGAAGAAGAAGAAGAGGAGAAACCUAAGCCACCGCCUGUAGAAAAACCUGCGGAUAAACCUAGCAGUAAGGCUCCUGCAAAAAAAGGAAAACAGCAAGCAUCAACGAGUGUUGAACAACCAGAUGAGCCUCCUCUUAGUCCUACUUCAGAGAAAAUUCGCCAACAAAGGCUCGUGGAAGAAGCUGACUUCAAGUCGACCACAGAACUUUUUGCAAAGAAGGGUGGUGAUGAGAAGUCACUGGAUACUUUUAUCCCAAAGUCCGAGGGUGACUUUGCAGAAUAUGCGGAGCUUAUCGCAAAUAAACUGCGUCCCUAUGAGAAAAGCUUUCACUACAUGGGUCUUCUUAAGAAUGUCAUGAGACUUUCCUUGACAUCGUUGAAAGGUGCGGACGCAAAGGACAUAUCUUCCUCCGUCACAGCAAUUGCUAAUGAGAAGAUCAAGGCUGAGAAAGAAGCUGCAGCAGGCAAAAAGAAACAAGCAGGAGGCAAAAAGAAGCAGCUCCACAUAGAGAAAGCGGACGAUGACUUCAUUCCUGGACGUGGCGGUGGUGGUUUUGAUGAUCCGGAUGAGUACGAUUUCAUGUGAUUGGCUGGGAGGGAAGUAGGCUUCUGUUAUGUAUACCUUGGCAAGAAGAGAUUAGAGUUUGCGGCAUAGUUGGCACUCGAAAACUGUUGCAUGGAACAUGCUUACCAAUUUGAGGUUGAUUUUUGACUUUAGAGGUUAGGAAAAGCAUUUGUGGUAUCCACAAGGCGUUUUUCCUAUUCUCGAGCCGUUGUGUUUUUACUUUCUGCGGGUUCGUACCUAUUUUUUUGCCAACUGUACUAUAACAAGUAAUCCUGGAGGUUUAUAUUGGAGUUAUGCAAGUAA